GAUGUUUUUGCUGAGAGCCAGAUGCAAUCAGUGUUCACGGAUAUCAGCAAAGCCAGCUUCAGAGAUCCUUCCAAUUACUACGCCAUCCCCAACGUGCCGGGCCUGGCGCCCAACUCUGUGGCCUCGGCAGCGUGGCUCAGCAGCGAGGGGGAGGCUCUUUUUGCCCUACCCUCUGCUUUGGGAGGGAUCUUCGUCCUUAAACUGCCUCCUCACGAUGUGCCCGGAACGGUUUCGAUCGUGGAAUUGAAGCAGAGCUCGGUGGUGCAGCGCUUCCUUACUGGCUGGAUGCCGACUGCCAUCAGAGGCGACUGUGGCCCGUCGGACCUGCCCGUCACCCCGCCCGUCAGCCUCUCCGUUCACUGCCUCGAUCACGAUGCCUUUCUCUUCGCUCUCUGCCAGGACCAUAAACUUCGAAUGUGGUCCUAUAAGGAUCAAAUGUGCCUGAUGGUUGCAGAUCUGCUGGAGUUCAUGCCGGUCAGCAGGGGACACCGACUGCGACUGGCCUUCUCUCAGUCCCUGGGGCUCUGCCUCGGCGUGUACAUGCACGCGCCCAAGCGAGGGCAGUUCUGUGUCUUCCAGCUGGUGAGCACCGAGAGCAACCGCUACAGCCUCGACCACAUCUCCUCGCUCUUCUCCUCGCAGGAGACUCUCGUUGACUUCGCCUUAACCUCGGCCGAGAUCUGGGCGCUGUGGCACAACGAAGAGAACCAAACUGUUGUGAAAUACAUCAACUUCGAGCAAAACGUCGCAGGCCAGUGGAACCAGGUCUUUGUGCAGCUUCUGCCUGAAGAAGAGGUGACGGUUCGACACGAUCAGGACCCCAGGGAAACCUACCUGGAGUACCUCUUCAUGCCCGGCCGCUUCGCAAACGCAGCCAUCCAGAAGGCUUUGCAGAUCUUUUCUCAAGGAAGCGAGAGACACAUGGAUCUGACGUGGGACGAGUUAAAAAAAGAGGUUACCUUAGCUGUGGAAAGCGAAUUCCAGGGCAGCGUGACGGAGUACGAGUGCUCACCGGAAGAGUUUUGGCAGCUGCAGGUGGAAUUCUGGUCCAAGUUUUAUGCCUGCUGCCUUCAGUACCAAGAAGCUCUCUCGCGGCCCCUGGCACUGCACCUGAACCCCUACACCAGCAUGGUGUGCCUGCUCAAGAAGGGCUCCUUGUCUUUCCUCGUGCCCUGCGCCUUGGUGGACCAUCUCUAUCUCCUCUCGAACGAGCACCUCCUGACCGAGGACGACGCUGCCAUCUUUGAUGAUUUGGAGAUGUCUCGUGAUGUUGUCUGUCUUGUCCAGUGCCUUCGCCUGAUCGGAGAAUCAAUUUCCAUGGAAAUGGCAUUCAUCAUGGAAAUGGCUUGCUCCCGCCUCCAGCCUCCAGAAAAGGCUGCAGAGCAGAUCCUGGAGGACUUGAUAGCUAAUGACACGGAGAACGUGAUGGAGGAUAUCCACAGCAAACUGCAGGAGAUCCGAAACCCCGUCCUUGCCAUCGGAGCGCUCAUCCGAGAAAUGGAUUACGAGACGGAUGCUGACAUGGAAAGAGCUCAUCAUCUAAACAUGCGCCUGAACCUCACCCAGCUCUACGGGAGCGCUACCGCCGUCAACGUGGUUUGCUGGGGGGUGUACAAGAUUGCCGCCAUCCGUUUCCUGAUCUGUCGGGACCUGCUGAUCCUCCAGCAGCUGUUGCUACGGCUCGGAGAUCCUAUGGUUUUGGCAGGGGGACAGCUGUUCCAGUCCCAGCAGGACCUGCUGCACCGCACCUCUCCCCUGCUGCUCUCCUACUACCUGAUCAGGUGGGCGAGCCAGUGCCUGGCGUCCAACGUCCCUGUCGACACACUGGAAUCUAAUCUGCAGCAUCUCUCUGUGCUGGAAUUGGCAGACACCGCUGCUCUAACGCCCCAUAAACUAGUAUCCAGCCCUCAAACAAUCGUGGAGCUGUUCUUUCACGAAGUGGCCAGGAAGCACAUCAUAUCCCGACUCUUCUUGCAACCCAACACCUCUUUGGCCGAAACAAGUUUGAACUGGCCCCACCUUGUUACCGCUGUCAUGGCCGACUUCUUGCCGCUUCUAUGGCCGAGCAACCCCAGCUUCCUCUUCCCCGAGUGCCUGAUGGGGAGCUGCCAGUACACCCAGCUCCAG